AUGAUGUCACUGUUCGGCAAUGAUAUUUCUCCUGUUGCCAUAGACGUGGAGUUCCAGACGAAAGACCGACUCAGGUUUAAGAUUUAUGAUCCUAACAGCCAACGAUUUGAAGUUCCACUCAAGAUUGAGUCUCCAUCCACUGCUGCUGCUGACACCAGCUAUGACAUCGAGUUUAUAAAUGAUCCCUCCUUUCAGUUUAAAAUCAUAAGGAAAAGCACAGGAACAGUACUGUGGGACACAUCACUUGGAGAUUUAAUUUUUGCCAAACAGUAUCUGCAGAUUACCACCACUGUGCCAUCCACCUCCGUUUAUGGAUUUGGUGAACAUGAACAUCCAUCCUUUAAGCACAAUAUGAAUUUUGUUAAUUAUGGGAUGUUUUCCAGAGACCAGCCACCAACGACAUUUGCCAAUCUUUAUGGAGUUCAUCCUUUUUAUAUGUGCAUAGAGAGUGACUCAAAUACUCACGGUAUCCUCUUACUGAACUCCAAUGCACAAGAUAUCACUCUGAGUCCAAAUCCAUCCUUAACCUUCCGCACCAUUGGAGGGAUCCUCGACUUCUAUGUAUUUCUUGGCCCAACCCCUGAAAACGUAGUACAGCAAUACACAGAGGCCAUUGGACGCCCACAUUUUCCUUCCUAUUGGUCUCUGGGAUUUCAGCUGUCCCGUUAUGGGUAUGGCAGCCUCGAUGUGGUAAAGAAAACAGUUGAUCGCAUGCGGCAGUAUGGUAUUCCAUAUGAUGUCCAGUAUGGUGAUAUCGACUACAUGGAGCGUCAUUUGGACUUUACCUACGAUAAAGAAAAUUAUGCAGGUCUGCCAGAGUACAUUCAACAGCUGAAAAAAGAUGGAAUGCACUAUGUCAUUAUUCUGGAUCCUUUCUUAAGCAAGGAUGAAGCACCGGGUACUUAUAGGCCCUAUGAACUUGGACAAGAAAUGGGAAUCUGGGUGAACAAUUCUGAUAGAGUAACUCCAGCUGUUGGCAAGGCGUGGCCCCCAGGAGAUUCCGUGUUUCCUGACUACACUAACCCCAGGACAGCUGACUGGUGGAUCCAGAUGUGUGUUGAAUUCAAAACUGUCCUUGACUAUGAUGGACUCUGGAUUGAUAUGAAUGAACCAGCCAAUUUUGGAACUGGCCAGUAUCCAGGCUGUGCUCUUAAUGACCUCAACUACCCUCCUUAUGUUCCUAGAAUUACCGAUUCCUCUCUGGCUCAGAAGACGUUAUGUCCAGACUCGAAAACUUAUCUGGGGGAUCAUUAUAACACACAUUCUCUCUUUGGCUGGUCACAGACACCACCAACUUUCAUUGCUGUUCAGAAGGCCACCGGAAAGCGAGCAUUUGUUCUGAGUCGUUCUACAUUUGUCGGAAGUGGGAAGUAUGCAGGUCACUGGCUAGGUGACAACUUUUCACGCUGGAAAGAUAUGCACAUGUCAAUAAUUGGAAUGUUGGAAUUUAAUCUCUUUGGGAUUCCAUAUAUUGGUGCUGAUAUCUGUGGGUUUCUCCUUGAUACAACUUACGAACUCUGCUUACGAUGGAUGCAACUUGGUUCAUUUUAUCCUUUCUCCAGAAAUCAUAAUGGAGAGGGCCAGACGGAGCAAGACCCUGCAGUGUUUGGAGCAGAAUUUGCUGAGAUAUCUCGGUCUACACUGCUGAUUAGAUACACGCUGUUGCCUUAUUUGUACACCUUAUUCUUUGAUUCUCAUGUCCAUGGAAACACAGUGGUACGAGGAUUAAUGCAUGAAUUUACUUCUGAUCACCAGACUCAUGGAAUAGAUACAGCUUUCCUUUGGGGACCAGCUUUUAUGAUUGCUCCAGUUCUUCAAGAGGGAGCAAGAUCGGUGGAUGUAUAUUUCCCUGAAGCAUCCUGGUUUGACUACUAUACAGGUGAUGAAGUGCCAGCUUCCUGGCACAGAAAAUAUGUUAGUGUUGAUGCCCCAUUGGACAAGAUCCCACUCUUUCUCCGUGGAGGUUACAUUCUGCCAACACAAGCACCAGCCACAACUACUACUCGGAGCCGUCUGAACCCAUUUGGACUUCUUAUUGCUCUGGAUGAACGAGGAGAAGCCUCUGGGUCCCUCUUCUGGGAUGAUGGUGAUUCUAUUGAUUCUAUCGAAAAGGAAGUCUAUUUCUUGGCCAAAUAUACAUUCAGUGAAGGCCAGAUGAGGACAAAGGUUGUUAAAAAUGGCUACCGGGGAGUUGAUUCUCUGAUAUACAACACAGUUCAGGUUCUUGGUGUGACUUCAAGACCUAAUGCUAUUGUUUUGAAUGGAAAUGUCAUCCGUGGCAAGGACCUACAGUAUCAGGAAAAUGGGAAACUCACCCUACAGAUUUCUGUACCACUUACUGAGGAGCUGAACAUUAUACUUCAGUAGAAUAUUAAGAAAGUGUAUAAUUCAACAUAAAUUAAUCUCAAAUGUUGAUGUCAUUCUUAUUUUAAUGUCAAAAUAAAAAAAUCAGUCUUUGUUGCUUA